AUGUCAAUUGCGACCGAGGGUGCCAAGGGCAAAGACUGGAUUGUGGACGACGAGGAAUUGGGAUUGCAAUUGCUGAAGAAGGCGUACGAUUCAGGCAUUCGAACUAUUGAUACAGCCAAUGUUUACUCUCAUGGUCAUUCGGAAUUGAUUGUUGGCAAGUUCUUGAAAAAAUACAACAUUCCUCGUUCCACAGUGGUGAUUCUGACCAAGGUGCACGGACGGGUGGACGACCCCAACAUUCCCGAUACCGAGAUCAAUUGGAUUAACCGCCAUGGGCUGAGCCGGAAGCAUGUUUUUGACUCAGUUGCUGCGUCAGUCGAACGUCUUGGCACUUAUAUUGAUGUGCUGCAGAUUCAUCGUCUUGAUAAGUCGACUCCGAAAAGGGAGAUAAUGGAAACCUUACAUGACAUAGUCAAGAGUGGGGAUGUUCGCUACAUCGGUUCUUCAAGCAUGAGGGCAGUUGAUUUCGCACAAUUGCAGUUCAUUGCAGAAAAGAAUGGCUGGACAAAGUUCAUUUCCAUGCAGAAUUAUUAUUCGGCACUGUACAGAGAAGAAGAAAGGGAAAUGAUCCCAUUCUGUAACGAUACAGGAGUGGGAUUGAUUCCUUGGAGUCCUCUUGCCCGAGGAGUUCUUGCUCGGCCUCUGGAUACUAUUAAGUCGACACUUCGAUCGGGUACAGACCCCAUGUUCACUAAAAUGAACCAUGGAGAGACCGAAGCGGAUCAGGCCAUCAUCAACCGAGUGGAGGAGAUCGCCAAAAAGCGACAGGUGUCGAUGGCCAUUGUGGCACUUGCUUGGGUGCUUUCCAAAGGCGCAGCACCCAUUGUCGGAUUUAAUAAGCUCGAGCGUAUCGACGAGGCGGUCGCAUCUGUCAGUUUCAAGCUGACCGACGACGAGAUCGCCUACAUAGAGGAGCCCUACCAGCCCAAGAACAUUAUCGGUUACGUAUAA